AUGCCUACCAAAGCACCUAUUGCCAUAAUCGGAGCAGGACCCAGCGGCCUGACUCUCGCCCGGCUACUCGAGAUCAACAGCAUCGAUUACAUCGUCUAUGAGCGUGAAAGUCCAGAGCCGAAGUUCACCAACCAAGGAGGAACUCUAGACAUCCACGCCUCCUCAGGUCAUCUUGCCCUCAAAGAAGCUCGGUUGUUUGACAAAUUCAAGAGCCUUGCUCGAUGGGAUGCAUCUCGUGUGUUCUUGCAGAACCCAGUCGGAACAGUCAAGGCUGUAUUUGGGGAAGACCGCGAUGCUCCCGAGAUUAACAGGCUGCAACUUCGGAAAUUAUUGCUUGACUCAAUCCCACCCCAGAAGAUUCGCUGGGCUCAUGGUGUAAAGUCUGUUGAGAAAGGUGAAAAGGCGGUUAAGCAUCUUAUCCAUUUUUCCAAUGGAACUUCUGCAUCUGGCUUUGGUCUUAUCGUUGGCGCAGAUGGAGCGUGGAGCAAGGUGCGCCCACUGCUUAAUUCGGCAAUACCCGAUUACUCUGGUAAAGUUUUCAUUGAAGGCAGCAUAUCCCAUAACAACCCAAGCUAUACUGCCGCACUGGAGCACGCAGGUCCAGGGAACAUGCUCGCAAUGGGACAGCAUAAGAUUGUGGCCGUUCAGCAGCUAGCCGACCGUUCCUAUCGAUUCUACAUGGGUAUGGAUGCGCCGGAAGAGCUCUAUCGCAGACCUCUGAGCCAUGAAGAUACAGAGGACAUUCGUCAGAAAUUGCUAUCUUCACCAGAAUUCUUCGCAGACUGGGCUCCAAAGCUGAGGGAAUAUCUUACCAAUGCUGAAGGUCCAUUCCAUGCAUGGCCUCUGUAUCGCUUACCUGCUUGGUCGGUCAUUUGGGAACGAGUCCCUGGAGCUACCCUUCUUGGGGAUGCUGCUCAUCUUGCAACCCCGCUUGUGGGCGAGGGAGUGAAUAUGGCCAUGUUGGAUGCUCUCAUGCUGGCGAAGGCGAUAAUUAAGUACUGUAAGAAUACUAGUGGUGCAGACACCGAAGACAGUGAGCUGGAAAGCGCAUUGACGGAAUACGAGGAGGAGAUGUUUGAACGUGGCCAGGACUACAUACGGCGCUGCAUGGCACGAGAAGCUGAGUUCUUUUCGGAGAACGCGGCGGAGGACUUCAUCAACAUGAUCAACAGAGCAAAAUAUAAUGCAGAAGAGGAUGGCAAGUGA